AGGAAGCAAACAAAGCCUUUCUUUGGUUAUCAUCGGAUGAUGAAGCUUUUAUAAAUCUAUCUUCAAUUUGGUUUAUUGAACACAAAAAAAUCGAAAUCUUCUUAUGGCUUCCUUCGGUUCGUCCCCUCUUCUUCCCGCUGCCGUGUCCUGCAGAAGCCCACCGUCGCGUUUGCGCAGCAAUUUCACUUUCAGUUUAUCUAUCGCCACGAUCAGUGAUGGUUCUUUGUUCUGUGGGCAGAGGCUGCUAAUGGCUAAGGCUGCAACACGGUUUCCACUUCCCAGCGUCGCCUCCAAAUCUAAUAUUUCUUGCUCCAUUGCACAACCAGAGACGCUACAAGUAGUUCAAGCAACAAUUGCGAAGCAACUCUCUCGGGAUGAGAGCACUGUGAUCCCUCAAACAAAAUUUACUGAUUUGGGAGCUGAUUCUCUUGACAUAGUUGAGAUCAUGAUGACUUUGGAAGAGAAGUUCGGAGUUUCCAUCGGAGAAGGCGGGGCCGAGGGCAUUUCGACCGUUCAAGACGCUGCCGAUCUGAUCGAGAAAGUCAAGGCAUCCGCUGCAAGUUAAACGAAACUGCAAAAUAUAUAUAUCGAUUCAUGCCUUCAAAUCCUGCAUUAUAUUUGAUGAAUUUUGUAAUGUUUUUGUUUAUCCGUAAUUCAAGUCAGCCUGUUUGUGGUUCAAAACUGAUUCAAAAUGACAUGUAAUGUAAACCAAAGAAACAAGAGUUGCA